GUUUACUUAUGAAGUUGCUCCGGUAUUUACUCUUAUGGAGAAAUAUGUGGUCAACAAAAUGCUGGGACUGGCUGGACUUUCCUCGGGCGACGGUAUCUUCUGUCCAGGAGGAUCAAUUUCUAACAUGUAUGGUUUGAACCUAGCUAGGUGUAAACGAUUCCCAGAAUUCAAAAUGGACGGUAUGACAUCACUUCCGCCUUUGCGCAUUCUCGCAUCAGAACAGGCUCACUUCAGCAUAAAGAAGGGCGCGGCAUUUUUAGGCUUCGGUACAAAGAGUGUUGUACCUGUGAAAUGUGACGUAAGAGGUAGAAUGUUGACGUCAGAACUGGAGAAGAAUAUACAAAUGAUUAAGUCCAAGGGAGAAGAACCAGUGUGCGUCGUCGCCACUUCCGGUACGACCGUCCUCGGUGCGUUUGAUCCCCUAUGCGAAAUAGCUGAUAUCUGUGAUGAGCACAAACUUUGGAUGCACGUUGAUUCAGCUUGGGGUGGUGCAGUUCUAUUAUCAAAGAAACAUCGGGAACUGAUGUCUGGCAUCGAAAGAGCCGACUCUCUAACAUGGAACCCUCACAAAAUGAUGGGUGCCCUCAACCAGUGUUCAGUGUUCCUAACAAGACACAAGGAUAUGCUGACGAAGAGUCAUUCUACUGGAGCAGAAUAUCUGUUCCAACCUGACAAGUGUUACGACGUGACAUUUGACACAGGGGACAAAUCUGUCCAAUGUGGCCGUAAAGUGGAUGUUCUCAAACUCUGGGUCAUGUGGAAAUCUAAGGGAGAUAAACAGCUGGAAAAGGCCGUAGACAACGCCCUAGAUUGUGCAAAGUAUCUCGCCAAUAGAAUGGCCGAUACAGAGGGCUUCCGUCUGCUUCUCCAGCCUGAGUUUACCAAUAUUUGUUUUUGGUAUAUUCCACCGAGCAUGCGCAAUGAAAAGGAAGAUGAAGGCUGGAAAACGCGUUUAUCAAAGACCAAUCGUCUCAAGGAGAAACGUGUGUGA